UCUACGCCACUUUACUCUAUCUUUUCCCAUAAAUCCUUCUGAAAGACCAAACAAAAAAAUUUUCGUUUCUUCCCCUUAGUCAAAAUCAUUAAUGUCCCUGUAGAAGCUUCGAUCAUUGUAAAAGUUUGAAGCUUUUGUUUUAUCUAUGAGUUGACUCUGACACAUGCUUUGGUUCAGUCAUCUCUAUCUUUCUGUGUUUAAACCCAUUAUCUAAGCAACUUCAAAGAACUCAUCAAACCAAACCAAACCUUGUUUUCUCCUAACACCAAAUUUUCAUGCAUACGCUGAGCCCUUUUGUUUGUGGCACUUUCCAUAACGAAUACGAUGAUGAUGAUUCGUGUCUUGCAAGUCCUCUCUCUAGCCCCAGAAAAUAUAAGAGAAAAGAUAGCAAAAACAACCCUUAUUCUAGUCGUGGUCUUGACAAGUUUUCUGAGCUUUUGGCUGAUCUUGAUGAGAAGAGGCAGAAGAUUUAUUCACAGACGAACCCUCAUGACAUCUCUUUCGUUCGCUUUGUGUAUUCCAACACCGAUGAUAUUGUUCCUGUGGUGGUCAAGGUCAAGAAAAACAACAAGGAUCACAAACACCAGAGCCAAGAACUCAAAGGGGUGAGAUCAAGAACAACAACGUUGACUCAAACCUCCGAGUCAAUGGUAACUGAUACUGAAGAAAGAAAUAAUCAACCGAAGAUAGAAAAAAAUCAAGGAAAGAACUUUUCUUGGGAUAUGGGGAAGCCUUCUUUCUAUUUGCCAGUGGUUAUGGUGUUGAUUUUGUUGCUGUUGGUUGUGUUUGGAAGAUCUGCUACAACUGUUUAUACGUGUGUUUUGUGGUAUGUGAUUUCCACUGUGAAGAGUGGUUCACCAUCAUCAAACACAAGGAGUUCAACGAAGAAGAAGAAGGAUGGUGUUGGAGAAUUGAGUGAAAAGAAGAAUAAUGUGAUGAACAAUGAAAGGGUGAAGAAGAAGGAGUAUGUGAGAGGGUGGAGUGAGAAGAAGAUGGUGGUGAAUGAAGGGAUUAAGAAGAAAGAUUAUGUGAGAGGGUGGAGUGAAAAAAAGAUGGUAACUGGUUGUUUACUUUCUCCAAAAAGUGGUGCUGAUUCUGAGGCUUUGAAGAACAAGGUUCAACAAGCACACAUUCACAUAAGCAAAGCUGGUGAAGAAUGAAUGAAGAUUAUUAUCUGUUAAUUUUUUGUGUUUUGUUUUCCAUUGUUGAACUGGGAAUAGAGGUUCUUUUGUGUAGUGUGAAUACAUGUUGCCAGGUUUUCGUUAGAAAAACUUGUUGAAAAUUCAAUUGUUCUGGUUACAUGUUGUGAGUGUAAAUUAUGGUAGAAAUUAUGGAUUAGGGUUGUUGACAAUCUAAGCAAUGUGUGUUUGCACAUGGUUUUUGGUUCUUGAAAUUUGAAAAUCAAGGGAUGAGAAAUGGUCAAAAUUGCAGUA